AUGGUAAGCAACAAGCCAUGUGGGUCCGUAGUUUAUGUCUCAUCUGAAAGUUUAGUAGCUCUUGACAUUGAUCAAAAUAGUUUGGGCCUUGAAGGAUGGUGGAACUUACUUCUUAUGGUUGUGGAAUCUUUGGGCUUAGGAGUUCCAAUGCUGGCAGUUACCCAGGGGACAGACCAACCCACAGAUGCAAAGUGCAUAAAGGAUGUGUGGAAGAUAGGAGUGAAGGCUGAAGCUGAUGAGAAAAGAGUUGUGAGAAGAGAAACAGGGAAGAAAUUAAAUGUAUAG